AUUGGCUGACGUCGCUGACAGCCGUCGAUGACGCGGCAGGAGAAUUUCCUGGUGCGGAGUUAGCAUGUUUUGCUAGCUGUAGCCGAUCCGUGGAGCUCCAGAGACACUCUUCCACUCCGGGCCAGGAGUUUCGCUUCAGUCCUCAACGAUUCAGAUGUGAGCUCAGUUAUUCUGCAGAAUAAACGACCGGAGACCUUUUAAACCGGUGAAGUCCAGAGGGGCUCGGUUCAGGCGGUGAGAAGGUGGUGCAGUGUAUGACAGAUCCAGAUGGAUAAAAACUCCAUGAAGGCUCGUAAUCAGGACAUCAACCCAUGUUUGGAGGAAGGUGAUGCCUCCCAGAAAUGUCUUGACUCUUACAACUAUGAUAAGAGCUUGUGUUCGGCCUAUUUCCAGAGAUACAAGGACUGUAGGAAGUACUGGGUGAGUCCCACUGGGUCAGGAAUAGCUCUGGUUCUGGCUCAACAGCUGAUGGUAGGACCAGACACAAACAUUGUGUCACUACAACACCAUCCAGUGGUCAUUCAGGCACAACGUGAUGGUGCAGAGGAGGCGAGAUGGUGUGCGACCCAACAUGCCCUCUGCUGCUGAAAGGCUGGAGAUGCUGGAAGCCAUUGGAGGGAAACCUUAUUGACUAUAGAGAUGUUCACAGAGAGUUAGCUCCACCAGAGAGGAGACUGAGGACUGCCAUUUUGGCCUGCUGUUCUACUUUUAGAACAUCCAGGAACCACACCUGCAGUGUGUGAGCCAGGAGCUCUGCUGGGAACAUCUGGAACAUGAAGAAGCAGCCACUUGAUCUUUCAGAGCUUUUGAAGUUCUGGAUGCAACAGGGAGCUGAUGAAGUGAUGCUGAAACAGGAGAAAGUCAUCUGGAGCCUCUAGACCAGUGGUCCCCAAUGGUGGGAUCGGGCCCCACUGUGGGUCACCAAAAAUACACAGGGUGUUGUGAAAUGAUUUCCAGAGAUUGAAAUAAAAUGAAAACAACCACUGAAGAUUUGAUUUUAGCAUGAUUGUUACAAAAAACUCGACUAAAUGGUCAUAAAUGAAUAUAAGUGAA